UUGCUGGAGAGCCGCCGAAAGAGUCGCUAGUACCCGGUACUUUUCAAUUAGAUCACUGGAGUGCUUGUAUUAGACAAUAGAUAACAUGAAAAUCGAGUGGGCUCCCCUACGCGUUCCACUGGCGCGACGUGUCCAGACCCUGGUCACAGCGGUUCUCACGCUCACAUUCUUCACGCUGCCCCUCUUAGCCUGCCUAAUUGUUGCAGUUCUGAUGUUUUAUGGCGGCCUCAUACUCCGCACCUUGAUGCUCAUCUAUUUUGUUUACAUGUAUGUGGAUCACAAGAGAACCUACUCUAUCUUGGAAGGCAAUGGCUGGCUAUUAAACCGCUCUAAUCGCCUGUAUCGGAACUAUCGAGACUACUUUCCCGUGGAGCUGGUGAAGACAGCCGAGCUGCCACCAAACAGAAACUACAUCUUGGCCAGCUUUCCGCAUGGCAUACUCGGAACUGGAACUUGCGUCAACAUGGGACUGGACAUCAGCAAAUGGCUGGAGUUGUUUCCCCAGAUCCGGCCCAAGGUAGCUACCUUGGAUCAACAUUUCCGAACACCUCUUCUCCGAGAAAUUGUGCGCUGGUGGGGAAUGGUUUCGGUGUCCAAAGAGUCCCUCGUCCGAUUGCUAACCAAAUCGAAUGAUCCGAAGCAUGCGGACAAUCGCGAUGGCUUCACAUCCAAUGCGGUGGCCAUACUUGUGGGUGGAGCCCAAGAGGCCAUGGACUCGCAUCCAGGGAAAUAUAUUCUGACCCUGAAGAACCGCAAGGGAUUCGUCAAAAUGGCCAUUCGAACGGGUUCACCUAUUGUGCCCACGUUUUCCUUUGGAGAGGUGGAUAUAUUCAGUCAGGUGGCCAAUCCGCCGGACUCCCUGCUCCGUCGCGUGCAGUCUGUGGUGAAGAAACUGACGGGGAUAUCCCCGCUUAUUCCGAUGGGUCGUGGCAUCUUCAACUAUUCCAUUGGUAUCCUGCCCCAACGCCGUCGUAUCGUCCAAGUUGUUGGUUUCCCCAUUGAUGUGGUAAAGAGUGAUCAGCCGGAUGCCGCCUAUGUGGAAAAAGUGCACGGACAAGUGGUAGAGCAACUCGAGAGGAUGUUCGAACUGUAUAAGAAGAAAUAUAUACCGAACGCAAAGAAUAGUAAACUGGUUAUACAGUAAAUGCCUCAGAUAUUCUUUGGCCAAAAGUGAUCUUCAGUGUAUAAGAGUUUUUAAGCACAAACACAACACACACACACACACACACACACACA